GACAGUCUUAUAGUCUUAUAGUCUCAUAGUCCCUACAUUCCAUAGACCAAACCUUGAAAUCCUCGUACGCGACCACUUUCAUGGCUGUUUCAUCACUCCGCGCUUCUUCCCAGCACUUCCAGUGAUCUUUUUCUCUCCCUCGCCCUCUCAUGAUACUUUCUCUGCCUACCGCUCCUCGAAUAUCAAUGUCUCUUGACAGUGGAUCAAAGCAAGGAUUAUAGAUCAAGCAGGCAAGCAAGCAUUUUCACUGCACUGCGACCGAACUACAAGGGGGUUUCAAACCUUCAUCCAAACGAAUUUGCUGCGAAAGAGUGCGGGAAGAGGGACAGUUCUGGGAUCCAUCUUCACCCAUUAAUCUACAUGCUUCCGAAAAGAGUUAUUACGAAGCACUGAGUAGACCCAGAACAGCAUUUGGUGCCAGUUCCAUCCGCACGAACCACCCCGCGCGACAGAACGGAAAGUGUGCGAAGUGCGAAGUAUAUUUUUAUUAUUUAGGAUUUGUGAUAGAGAUAUUGACGGGUACCUGAAGGCUGUGCAAGUGUGUAGGGUGCACACGAGAUAAUCUAUCAGAACCCUUGGCUUGUUGGGCCCUGAAAGAGGUCAUCGGCGGAUAACAGGGGGAAAAUGGGAAGAAAAAAUGGCCUACAGCCGCUGACGCUGGAACCCGGUACAGGAGGAAGAGUUAACGUUAAUGGUGCAGAACUUAUUACCAUUCAACAAAGUCCCAGAUCUCCUUUGAGUGCCAAAUCCCCAAGAUCGCCGAGGUCUCCCUUCAAGUUUAACACAAAGAAAUCGCAAUUGCUGCAUCAGGCUCGAAGUCAAGCUCAAGAACAAGAACAACAACAACAACAACUACUCCAACUCCAACAAGAACAAGAGCAACACCCCCUCCAACUCCAACUCCAAGAACGGGAACGGGAACAGGAACAGGAACAUUACCAGAGAGACGAAACUUCUUCCAUGCAAGAGGUCUAUCCGCAGACAUCCGAAAAAGAUCCAGCAAUUACCAUUGGUCCUGGAGGUGGAAGUGGAAGUGGAAGUGGAAGUGGAAUACCAACAUCACAAACUCUUCCUUCGCUUUCUGCAUAUCAAUCUUCCUCCUCUCCACGGACGCCAGAUAAGGUCGUCGGCAUCAAGGAAAAAGCUUCACGAACCGGAUUCUUUUCAAAUUAUAAAGCGGCAAAAAGUGCAAGUAAACUUCAAUCGUCCUCUUCAUCAAAUAUAUCACGCCAAGUGAAUGUUGUCGAGGACAAUAAUAUGUCCAGAGACACAGACCGCCCUGCGAUGAGCGGAAAGGUUUCAUCACAGGACACUAAAAGAAGUGGUACGACCCAUUCUGUUUCGUCCCUUCCUCUUCAGACAAUAAUGUUGUUGGAAUCAGGUCCUGCUGGAUCUUCAUUAGUUAGAAAACCGGUCGGGGUUCAGUCAAGAUCUGACGCCUCGCUGGCAUCAUCAACGAACGACUCCCCACAACAAAAUUCCGAUUCCAAUUCAAUCAAUAAUCGAAAGAAUAAACCGAAGCAAUUCAGUCUCCUCGGCAGAACUAGAUCGUUACGAGAUGAGAAUAGCCCCGCUGAGCCUUCUCCGCCAAAAAAUAAUUAUUUGGAUCCUGAUUUAUCUACCCAUCAAUACACAGGCUCUUCAAGUUCUGUAAAGACUACAACACCGGCUCGAAGCGACGACGAUAGAAAUUGUAGGGAGAUGUCGACUCCAACCAAUCAUCGACAACGAUCGGAAGACCGUCAACACAGCCGCUCCAGAGAAAAUCGUGGGAAGGAUUCCAUGAGAGAAAAUACCAAGGAGCACACGAAGGAUAAUAGCAGAAAUCAAUCGUCCUUUUCUACAACAUUUAAAGAGGCCGGCGGACACGCAUUCUUCAACAACAUCAAAUCACAAGCAACGAAGGGAGCUGGAGCAAUACACAAGAAUCUAUUUGGAAAGGGAGGACGCAGUGGUAGCUCUUCGCACAAGGAACCCUCAGUCGAUGAUGAGCAUUAUGUUUUAAAGGUCAUCAAUAAGCCACUUGUCGAGCAAACUCGGCUCACUAGAAUAUCAAAGAGAUUGGAAGAUUCAAGGGACAAGACGGAGUUUUGGAUGCCAUCUUUCCCUUGGAGGGCGAUUGACUAUCUGAAUUAUAAGGGAAGCGAUGUAGAGGGACUUUACAGAGUACCUGGAAGCGGACCACAGGUUAAAAAGUGGCAGAGGAGAUUCGACGAAGAGCUUGAUAUCGAUCUCUUCGAAUGUGAUGACCUCUACGAUAUAAAUAUCAUUGGCUCAAUGCUUAAAGCAUGGCUUCGCGAACUCCCCGACGAACUGCUUCCCAGAGCUGCACAAGAUCGAAUUGCUAGAGAAUGUGCGGGUUCUGAGGAGGUUCCACAACAACUUGUCGACGAAUUAUCUAACCUCUCUCCCUUCAAUUACUACCUCCUCUUCGCCAUCACUUGUCAUCUAUCUCUGCUACUCGCCCAUUCCGAGAAAAAUAAGAUGGACUUCAGGAAUUUAUGUAUAUGCUUUCAACCUUGUAUGAAGAUGGAUGCAUUCUGUUUCAAAUUCCUUGUUUGUGACUGGAGAGAUUGUUGGAAGGGCUGUAAGACCGAAGCAGUAUAUAUUGAACAGGAGUACAUGCUUUUUGACCAGAUGCCACCCGGAAGUGCUGGUGGACGAAGUAGCACUGCAGUUGAGAGUCAUGAUGAAAGGAAUGUUAGCAGUUCUGACAGCAGCAAGCCAUCGAGUGUCAGCCUCGAGAACCAGGGCAGAAAACAUAGCCACGAGAAACGACGAAAAGCCAGCGGCGAAAAAAAUCAACGCAGAAGCCCGGAUAGCGAAAGAAGUCAAAGACAGAUUCAAGUGGAGAAUCACAGGGAGGGUGCCAUGAGUCAGAGCAAUAGCAUGAAUAGUAUCGAUACUGUCAGUACAACUUUAACUGUUAUACAGGCGACGCCGCCUCGAAAUGGAGAUAUGAGACCACUGAGUCCUAUCAAGCCACUCUCUCCUAUUGGUUUCUAAAUUUCAUCUGCUCAAAACCACAAAACUAAAGAAUUUAAUAGAUGGGCUUUUGAAAAGUCACACCAGAAGGUCGCACAUCACCAUCAUAAUUCUACCUCUACAUAUUAGGACGAUACGGGUUUCUCACAAAAUCGUACGAACUAAAGAUACAGCGACAAAAUGACAUUUUCCUCGGUCGAUUUUUUUUCAUUGCUUACGAACUUUGGUAAAUGGAAUGGACUGAACGCAUUCGACGAAUUUCCUUCAGUAUCACGCACAAACUACCGAUGAGAUCUAUUCUACACACAUUUCUCGACGUUCGUUUUGUUUGUUCAUGCAACACAAGUAUUUCCUUCUUUCCCAUUUCAUUUCAAUUCAAUGGAAUGGUUUUUUUUUUUUUUUUUUUUUUUACAAAAUCUUCAUGCGUGCUUGUUUUGUUGAAUACCCCCAGCGCAGCAUGUUUGAAUCUUGACGGCACAAAGCAUAUUAGCACAGAAGGCGGGGUUAAUAAUGGAUGGAUGGACGGAUGGGGUAUGGGAUUUGGAAAUGGACUGGUGGUAUAUGGAGUGGAUUGUUACUUUGAUUUUUGAGGGAUUAUAAGCGUGGGGCGUGAUGGAGAUGGAUGGAUGGAUGGAGGCUGGAAUGAAUUAUUAGGAAGUUUAGAGACGAAUAAGGAGGCGCAAUUCGCUUCAGGUCCUCGAGACCGGCUCGCUAUUAGGCACAUGAGAGAUGAGGACGGCGGAGAGGAAAGCAGGGCUUGUUUGUACGAUAGGGGAAUAUGUUAUGUUUGGAGCAAUGGAGUCCAGAGACCAUAGAUUGCCUAGCUAGGGCCAAAGAGCGCAUUGGGGGACAGUGUGAAGAACAUCAGAGAUCAUGGGCAUGGAUUUGAAAUUAAUGCCAUGUACCAUUUUGACUCGGUUUUCUUCCUUUGAUAUUACCGACGUGAUGUGAACUGAUGUAAUUAAUAUUAAUAUUUGACAGUGCUUUGAAACCAGUAGUAGGCGGGGCGGAUGAGGGAAGGAGGAUGGACUAAUCCUGCAUUUGUAUUUUAUUUCUGCAAUCAUUGAAUGUCUUGCCA